GAUCAGACUGACGGCUGCUUCCAGAAGCCGAUGAGACGCGCCCUAGGAGAGCUGACCAACUCCCCCCGCCUCCUAUCUGGUGACCUCCUUCUUUCACCUAGAUUCCAGUCUCCUAAUCAUACCACCCCAACUAAGCAGGUUUCUAAAUUAUCUCCAGCUAUAACUCCAACACAUAAUCUAAAACUUCUCACCGAACUUGCUGCAAAGGUCGCAGGAUCCAAUAGUUCAGCACGUCAAACUCUUCAAUUCGAGGAUAUUGAUACUACGAGGUAUACACAUCAACCUCAGUAUCAACCCAUCUAUCCAGCCUCAAAUAUAGAAGAUACAACCUCACCACACAGGUUGGUAAGAAUGUUUACAACUGGCACGGUAGAACCUACCUUAUACAAUCCUUAGCUUGGCUUAGACAGCUGGGGGUCAAACUAGGCAUGCAGGAACAAUACAGGUUGGCUAAGGAGCAGGAACGUGAGAUGAAUGAUAUAGAGAAUAUGUCCCCCCUCCAGUCCCCCCGUAUAUCCUCCCCUGCCAUGUCCCCGCUCAUGUCCCCAUACGGAUCCCCCGGGAUGUCCCCAUAUGGGUCUCCAAACGAUCCUAACGGGACAAGCAUGGGAAUUAACACACAGAAGUUUCUUAUGCUUUUCCUUGUAAUCCCACAUCCUAGGAAACUGACUUUGGAGUUUGCAGCCAGGGUUAUUCACGGGCCUAAUCCUAACGAGAAAGCAAAAGUAACCCGAGUUCGCAGAUUGUAUGAUAUCGCGAAUAUUUUGCAGGCUCUGGGAUUGAUCAGAAAGGUCUUGCUACCGGAAGGGAAGGGUAAGAAGCCGGCCUUUGAAUACAUGGGUCCUGAGGUUGAGAACAUGGAGCUCACUGAUGCAGAGAAGCGAUCAAUGCCCAGCACCAGGCAGAAGAACAGCCUCCUGGCCCUAGGCAAGAACCUCGCUCAGCUCCCAGACCGGGACGAAGGUGGAGAUGCAGUUCGCGCGGCUCUAGAGCCUCCAACUAAGCGUGCGCGAAGUUUGUCUGGAGACUGUGCUCGCGAAGAACCUAAGCUGCGAAGAACCAUGAGUGUAGGUCGAGAGGGUUCUGCUACUAGUUUGUUAGAGCUUGGAGAGGUUUGUGAACGAGAACGAGAGAGGAUUCAAGAAUCUAAACGACAAACAUAUGCGAUGAAACCUCCAACACCGGGUCGCCCUCCCUCGAGGAAGAAGGUUUUGCUUCAGAGAUAUUACUCUGAUUCCGCACUACAGCUUGCAUCCAACCCCAAACCCGUGCAUUCAUUUAUUAGUCCAAACCCGGUACAUUCCCAAACCUUGCACUCACCCAGACCUAUGUAUUCACCCCGGUCUGUACAAUUUCCAUCACCCUUGGCUCUUAAGUCCUCUCCCUUGGCAGUCCCUCUUUCACCUCGACAGAGGACAACUCUCAGGUCCCCUGUUACACCUAGAGAUCUCAGGAACGCGGCGAUCCUGCCCCCAUCCUCUCCAGUUAAUAAAUGUAGGAUACCGUGCUCUCCCAUGGGACCUGUUGGACGAUCACUCCUUGCUUCGCCAGCAUCCCCUCGAUCUCCAAUUGAUCUCAGUUUUCGCCCUCUUCGUCAUGGACGAUCACCCCUUGCAUCCCGAUCUCUGAACCUGCCUCCUUCACCACAAACCUCAACAGACUCCAACUCUCCUAAACCUUUACCACUGUGUGGUGGGUCGGAUUCCUCCAGUCCUCUACUCCGAGCUUAUCUUGCCAACAACAAGAGCAGGAUUUUUAAACCAAUCCCAGGUACAGAAGACAUAAAAGUCAUCGGAAUAAUGAGUGAAUCUACACCUCCUAACACUCCUUCUCCGCCCACACCAGGUGCCACGCCCCCCACCCCCCGGGUACAUCACCUAGGACCCUCCCCUGAUGGUUCAACCAACUGUAGUUCAUCUUCUGAGUUAGAAACCAUCUUCUUAAACCAAUCCACUCAAAACAGACAAACCUCCCUCCGACUCCCCAGUAUAGAUACUCCAAUGGACUUCAGCUGUCUGCUGAUGGACUCCCGACCUGGGUAUAAGGACUCUCGGGCUAGAUCAGCUGGAUCUGAUCUUGUUACUCCCACCUUUAUAUCUCCUCCUUACAGUGUUUCUCAGGGACCGAAGAAACCUCGUAAGAGGAAGCGUAUGAGAAGGAAGUUGUCUGAUCCUGAAGGGUUUCUGACAGAUGACUGUACCUCCAGUGAAGAGGCUGAUAGCGAUGGUAACUACUGUGACGAUAAUUCUGAUGACUGUGCUGAGAAGGAGAGAAAUGCUCCGCCGAAUCCUUCUUGUAAAAUACGAGUGCGGCGUGAACUGCUCUACGAAGAAGAUGAGCGAAAUGAAACCCCAAUUAAAACAACUGGCAAUAAGACUCCAGCGAAUGCAGGGGUGCAGUCUGUCAUCAACCUCAAGAUAAAGCCUCCUGGCUGGAAAGGAAACAAAAAAGUUCGUUAAAUUAUUCUGGAGCUGACGUCCUGAAUGAUUGGUGCAUGUUUCGGAUUUAUAAAUUAAUCAAAAUUUUAAUGUCUUCGCAUGCUAGCAAGAAUUGAUAAGACGAGAAGAAGUGUAUUUCAACACAUAUUUUUAUAAAUUAUUUUAUUGUUUUAUUUUGUGCAAUUGUGCAAACAGAAAAUAGUCUUAAUCGUUGCAAUUUUGUUAAACAGGCUGUUGUAAAAAUUCAUCCGUUGUGGCAAUCCUUAAAAAUGUUAAAUGUUAUUUUAUAAAGAUAUUUUGAUGUAGAUUUGUAUUUGAUAUUUCUUGGAAUUUUA